AUGGAUCUAGCAUACGCCACUCUGAUGCAGAAGUGCACCGACGGCACCUACUUGUAUACACCACCCAGUGCGAAAGUCUUCCGUCCCGGGUCCUGCGGCUUCUUCGACGAUGACGGAAUCUGGAGACCGAUCACUGAUCUUGCCGAAAUCAAGAACUCUGACCCCGAUGGUUACAAGCCCCCCAGUAAGCAGCUCGUUCUGGAGGACCCGACAACGUGCAACUGGAAGAAACAGCUUUCAGAGAAGCAUGAGGGUCGCGGCUUUGGCGGCAAAGCAGAGGUAUCCGGAAUUGCUGCUCAAGCACCUGUGGACGUGGGAGCCAAUUUCACAUUAGGAAGUACUGCGAAGGCCGGUGCCGGCGUGGAAGUAUCUCCACACGUGAUACACAACAAGUUCGAUACCAAGGCGUUCAAGGUCAUUGCAAGUUGGAUUACAGAUAACAAGGAAACUAUGAUCUUUAAUCAUGAUCAUCAAAUCAAGACCAACGGCGUCUGGGUCAUCAUGGACACAUGGGUCACGGAGAAGUGCGAUAUUGCCAUGUGGAACAAGACGGGCAGCAACAUCGAUCUCGGAGCUGAAAUCGGGGCGACAAAUAUCGGCAAACUUGGACUUAGUACUUCGCACGACGUCCAGACUGAUAUGAACCAGCACAGAACAUGGAAUAAAUUGAAGCAAACGAAGCCGACCGAUGGCUACCUCCGAACACAUGCACCGAUGUCCAUGCCUUCCGCGCCAUAUAGAGACGAGGAUGGGAACCUUCGCAAAGACGGGAAGCUCAUCAACGAGAAGGGACAGUUUAUCGACCAGGAUGGCAAUGUCGUCAACAAAGACGGGAGACUCAUCAAUGAGGAGAGAGAGCUCAUCGACAAGGAUGGGAAUCUGGUCGACGAAGAUGGGAGACUCAUCAACAAGGAGGGAGAUCUUAUCGACAAGAAUGGGAACCUGGUCGACGAGGAUGGAAAUCUUGUUGACGACGAAGGGUACUUCAUCGACAAGGACGGAAAUCGUUUACCCGAAGAGAUGGAGUUGGUUCCGGCCGACUUUGAUGGGCUUACCCAGGAAGAGAUCGUCCAACUCCUACAGGCGUGA